UAAAAAUUGGCUGUUUAACCGAAUAAAACUAGACCAAUUCCUACGAACCAUCGUAAAAAGUACCGAGCAUUAAACAACGUAAAAGAGUCGAAACGAAUCAUUAUGGUUGUUUCCGUUAGUACCGGAAAAAUCUAGAGAUAGCCAGCCGGACGAUCUCCGGAAAAUGGAGCGCAAUCGAAUCGGAACCGCGUCGAAUUCUCGGUCAGUCGCGAACUCGAGUACCCCGGUACUGAUCGCGCCGUUUCCGAAGAACCAGUCGCGAUAUUUCGCUCGGGAUGGCCGCCAUGCUUCCCGGCGCUCGUUUCGUCCUCAUCGUUUCCAUCGUCUGGUCGACGUCGGGACGCUCCUGCGACGCCUUGGGGAGCACCGCCGAUGGAUUUGGCAGAGCGCUGAAGGAGCAAGGCUCACCCGCGCCGAAUACACCGGAAGCAAGCGCAGUGCAAAUCAUCCGGCAACCCCUGCGAAUCCAAAUCCAAUCCAAACCCGACCAAAAAUCCGGCUCGAUCUCGCGCCAGCGGAAGAGAAAACGCAAAAAGGACGCCGGCUCCUUCGUGGAGCGCAUCCUGCCCUUGAUGGUGACGCCGUUCCUGAUCUCCUCCUCCAUGGUGCCCGCGAUGCUGGCCUCGCUGCUGCACAUGCUGGUCAAGAGCGCCCUGCUGGGCAAGAUCGGGCUCGUCCUCAUGUUAGUUAACAUGUUCAGCUCCCGGAGGAAUCCCGGCGCCGUCACCCACCACGAUCUCGGCGCCGGCGCCGGCGCCGACGGCGUCGCCAUGGCCCACUACGGUUGGCGCGGCGACGAGGAGUACGGCGCUUACGUCAACAGAAAGAAACGGAAAUAAAACGAGCUUUAAAAUUUAGUUUUAUAUAUAGUAAACACGUUAAUACAUGCAAGAAAAUUCAUUAAUAACCUAAC